CUUUCUUUUAAUCUUAAUAUUGUUGUGAAAAUUCAGCAGUUUCUUCAUUAAAGACUAUCAUUUCAAGUUCCAUUCCGUUUGACCCAAUGACCCAAAUCAAUGCAGAACUGUAGUACCACACCGGACCCAGAGGACACCCCUGCUUCUAUAGGUUUGAGAGGUUUUUGUUUAUUUCACAUGUCUUUUUUAAAGCGUAAACGAUGGUGAACGAUCUGGAGGGGCCGUUCAGGAAGACCUUCAGCCCUGAGAACCUGUCUGCCUUUAGCUGGGAUAAGACUACUUCCUGGGCCGAGGAUAAAGCUCCUCUGACUGUAGCCUGUCUCAGGUCCAUGUUCCCCCCCGCCAAAAAGAUCCAGAAACUGACCGUCAACUACAGUCCGGGGAAUAAACCACGGCGGAUGACGGAGGAGGAGGUGAAGCAGAUGUUGGACCGCAGGAUCAGCCUCCUCCUGUCGGUGCCGCUGUACACCAGCUCCCUCAGAUCCUGCUUCCUGCAGACGGCCUUCAGCGUGGAGAUGCUCCGACAUCGCUGCCCCGCCAAACUCUUCACCCUCACCAACAGCCUCGGCCUCUCGCAGUCCAAAACCAGCGCCAGGAUCCACGUCAGGAAACUCGCCGAGGACCACGAGCGGACGGUGAAGCAGUGGAGGGACGAGAUCCAGACGACCAGAACGACUCAGUACGUCAGUGAAGACUCCAAAAAGGCAGCAGCUUACACCUUCAGCUGGGGGAAAGUCAGGGUGCCGUCUGUGUCCAGGUCUGAGUCUACAGAGCGGGGAUACAGUUUUGCGACCUGGGUGUUUCGCUUCGCUCAUCAAGCUCGGGUUAAUUUUCGUAACCUGCACGGACCUCCAAUAAAAGCAGUGGAAGUUUCUCCUUACAGCAUCCUGCCAUCCAAACAGACGUACGAGUCGAUACGUCGGCGUAUGAAAAUGUUAGUGAUGCGGAUCAUCGCCGACAACCUGUCGGCUCUGAAAGGACCGAGAGGACGAGUGGUGAGACAUAUUCCCCACAAAUACUCCUCCCUGAUGAAGGAGCAGAGCACCACAGUGAGUCUCGGUGCAGUGAUACCGAACCUUGCGGAGGAAUCUGUCAGCGCGGCUUUCGGACUGAAGGACUUCCUCCCGGAGUUUUCGGGGACGCCACAUCACAUUCUGUGUUGUGGAGACGUCCUCGGCACCGACAGGAACGAGCAAAGCAACAGAACCCAGAACAAAGAAACUCCAAACCAGAAUGCUGAGCUGAAGUUUGACGGACUGGUUGAAGCUCCACCAGAGUUUCAGAAUGAACACCUGUUCCACGAGGAAAUGAUAAAGAUGCUUCUCAGUGAGAAGAAUGAGAACGCUCGAGGAACUCUUCAUCACAUCGUCUCACUGUUUCACUUCAAGACGUUUAACAACACGGCCAAAGAUUAUUUCCUGAACAUCUGGGACUUCAUCACGUUUGUGACGACGGCCUACGUGACUCUGUUUGCUGUGACGGCCUGCGGUCUGGACUCUGUGGACCAGAGACCCUCAGACUUCCCCCCCCAGGCGUCUGCUCAGAUGGACUGGCUGAGUGACCUGGCUCACAGACUGCUGGAUCUGGUGUGGAUGCCUCCGUCUCAAGAGGACAUCAUCAUGGCUGCUGCUGCUGCAGCUGCAGGGCAGAGUGACGGAGACCAGAGGAAGAUAUUCCCCUUCUGUUACUGCAGAGAAGAGAAACCGGGCGAGCGUCUGGUUCGCUGCUGCAGUAACCUGUGUCCGGGGAUCUGGUUCCACGAAGGCUGUGCCCGGGCUCGGACCUUGUCUGACCCGGAUGAGGACUGGUUCUGUGGUACGGACUGCAGCUCAGACGGGACCUACGUUUACUGUCACUGUAAAGAGCAGAGGGGGGGGCAGAUGGUCCAGUGCGGCCUGAUGGAGCGGUGCAGGAAACACGAGUGGUACCACAGAGCCUGUCUGACAGCAGAGCAGCAGAUCAGCGCCCAGCAGACUCCGUGGUUCUGCUCAGAGUCCUGCUCCAUGGGGGGGUGCGGCGAGGAGGACUUCCUGUUGAACUACACCAGAGCGGUGGUGUGGGAGGGGCUGAACCACAUGGCCCGACGGGACGCCAUCCAGGAGGGAGACGGAGACGCCAUGACGGACUUCUGGAGGACGGACAUGGUCUUGCUGUGGAGCAGAACACACCUGCAGCUCUUCAACAGCAGCCACCAGAUGAUCACAGGGAUAGAGGGGUUCUACCCGGAGCGCGUCAGACAGGACAUGAAGUGGAACCGAGUUCUCAAUCUUCAGGGAACAUCGGGAGGGAACGUCAGCCUCGACCUCCUCACUGAGCUCAUGAUCAACGAGUUCAAAGGUGGGAUCGAGUUCGGUAAAGGCAGUUUCACGUCGCAGCAGGUGGAGCAGAGCUCUCAGCUGGCCGGAGCUGAGGCCAAACAUCUGGACCGACUCUUCUUCACCGGAGGAAACCCUCUGAACCUGUCCUCCUGUCUGCACCGCCUCACCACCUCCUCCUCCUGCAAGAGGACCGCCGAAGUGUCCAGGUUUGUGGAGGAGUUCAAGAAGGACGAGCUGUUUAGUUUCAAACCGGGGAGAAAACAUCCGGGCUUUGAGAAGUUCAUCUACCCUCAGAGGGUGAGGAACCCGAAGAAGAUGGGGAGGAGUGUGAGGAGUCUGAGUGAGGAGCUUGACCGACGGAGAGACAAAAUCCUCUGAGAGACUGGAGUUCAUUUACCAUCUACAGAAACAGGUUUUUGGGAUUCUACGUUUUUUUCCAGCAGCUGAAGAGACAACUUCUGGAGAAGAGCUUUUAUUUUAUUUGUUUACUAAUUUAUAGAUAUUUUUCAGUCCUUGCGGGACUCCCUGUUUUCUAGCACGCUGAACUGCAGAAAAAUAAAAAGUACAGAUAAAGUGUAAGAUGUGUU